AUCACCCCGUCUUCUUUGAAACCAAGUAAGGAACAGGUGUCUUCCUUCAUCUGUGGGAACUUUCUUCGAUCGGAAAAGCACCUCGUUACGGGUAGUUGUAGUGUUUGUUUCCACUGGAGGAUUUGGAGAAGCGAUGGGGAUGAUCGCAGUGUUCAUCAUUGCAGCAGUGCUGUCUGCUUCAAUGGGAAUGCAAGUGACCGUUCAAGAGCACAGUUAUGAGGUCGUACGGGGUGGCAAUAUCACUCUAGGAUGUAAGUUCGUACCCGCUGUCCAAAUAACUGCCAGUACCCUUGUUGUUAUCACCUGGAGUAUUCUGCCAGACAACCCUGAGCUGGAUACGUCUUUGGUAGCCACUUACUACUCCAACAAUGACCAGCUGGAUGUGCUGCCUGACUACGAGGGUAGAAUCUCAAUGAAACCUGACAUCAACACUGGGCAAGCGAACCUCAUCCUCUCAGGAGUCACAAUGCAAGAAAACCAUAUGUUUGAGUGCAGUGUUCAGAUACCAAAAGAUACCAAGGGACAGCUUUCUGACAAGACCCGUUUGAUCGUAUUGGUUCCUCCUUCGAAGCCUGUUUGUAAGAUCCAGGGAACUCCAGAGUACUUCCAGAACAUCAGCCUGACCUGUAUGUCUGAGGAAGGCUCUCCUGUUCCCACAUAUGCCUGGAAAAGUUAUGACGUGAAGAAUAGCGAGAGGAACCUCCCUGCAAAGUCUACUGACAUUAAAGGUGUGUUGUCCCUCUUCAAUAUCUCUUUGGACACCUCUGGAUAUUACAUUUGCAAUUCAGUUAAUAAGAAAGGCUCUGCAUCCUGCAACGUCACUCUGACCGUUAUGCCUCCCUCCAUGAACAUUGGCUCAACAGCAAUCGUAAUUGGAGCCUGUGCAGCUGGGCUCCUGGUGCUUGUGGGCAUAAUCUGCUGCUGCUGCCGCCACAGAAGGAAGAAGAAUAAAUAUGAUAAAGGGGAUCCAAAUGACAUGGAGUUUCAUGACAGAGAUGAUGAUGAUGAUGAUGAUAACAAGGAGGAAUAUAGGGAUGACAAAGAAAAGUAUGGUGAGCAAUUGGAGAAGAAAAUUGAUGGAGUGGGGGUACAUGAAGAGCAUGGUGAGAAGACUAGGGAGCGCAGAGAUGACAAUGAUGAUCAGCGAGAUGAUUAUAGUAACCGCCGUGAUAAGUAUGAUGACUCCAGAGACCGGUACAAUGACCGCAGAGAGAACUAUGAUCAUCGAGAUAAAUAUGAUGAAAGGAGUGACAGGUAUAAUGACCGGCGAGAUGACUACGAUCGCCGUGAUAGGUACGAUGACCGCCGAGAUGACUACGAUCGCCGUGACAGGUACGAUGACCGCCGAGACAAUUAUGACCGCCGUGACAGGUACGAUGACCGCCGAGACAACUAUGACCGCCGUGACAGGUACGAUGACCGCCGAGACGACUAUGACCGCCGUGACAGGUACGAUGACAGGAGUGACAGACAGUAUGGUCGGCAUGACCAGUAUGACGAGGUCUAUGAUGACAGACAUGAUCGGGAUGACGACCAUAAAAGACCACCAAUGCUGCCUCCCAGUAAGCCUAGGAAAACGGAUGACCAGUAAGGCACAACAAUCUGUGCUGCAGUCCUCCUCCUUGGGAUGGGAUGGGAUGGAAUGAGGUACAAGCACCCUGAGGAUGUUUCACUUGUGUCCGUGAGGUCAUAAAUCCAACUCUGUGGCCACUGAGCUCACACUGUCUUUGUUGUGAUCAUUUUUAUAUGUUUGGUUCCUAAAUCAUAUAGUGAAUUUUUUUUGUUGUUGUGAUCAUGGAGAAGUACAGUGCUGUACAUAUUUGGGUAUUCUCAGGGUUUUUGUGUACAGUAUAAUGUGUGCACUGUAUUUUUAGCAUGACUAUUUUUUGUUGAAUAAAAUGGGGUAAUUGAACAUAUUCAUUGAUUGUUACAGCUUUUAUCAAGUAGUCACACUUUUGCCAGUGUUUUGAACAUUUUU